CAUGCGCGGUUCGGAGGAAACGGCUCGGCUGAGGUUCAUUUCAUGCAUAGACAGUAAAAGAUUUCAUGCUGUGUUGUCGACUUCGUACCGAUCAGAGUGCGAGAGUAAGGAAAAGGGAGUUUAGGAUUCACGCUUUGGGACAGUCAAGUGAAUUAAGUGAAUAAACACAAGCGACGUUGCACGGUUGAUAGCAAGAGCGGCAGAGAAGAGAAGAAAAAGGGAUAUCCAGUAGGAGUAAUUAGUUGGAUUGCCCCGAAAGCGUGGACAAGUCUGUAAACCAGAUAAAACAUGGCGGAUGCUGACCUGGACUUUACAACAGGUGAUGCUGGUGCCUCUGCUACCUACCCCAUGCAAUGCUCUGCCCUGCGAAAAAAUGGUUUUGUGGUGCUAAAAGGUCGACCAUGCAAGAUUGUGGAAAUGUCCACAUCUAAGACCGGCAAACAUGGACAUGCCAAGGUUCACAUGGUGGGCAUUGACAUCUUCUCUGGCAAAAAGUAUGAGGACAUCUGUCCCUCAACCCACAAUAUGGAUGUCCCUAACAUCAAAAGAAUGGACUACCAGCUUAUUGGCAUACAGGAUGGUUAUCUGUCUCUGCUCCAGGACAGCGGUGAGGUCAGAGAAGACCUAAAAAUGCCAGAAGGAGACCUGGGCAAAGAGAUAGAAAACAAGUUUGAUUCUGGUGAGGAAAUCCUGAUCACUGUCCUGUCUGCAAUGAAUGAGGAGGCUGCAGUAGCUAUCAAAGCCAUGGCUAAAUAAAAUACAGCAGGGGUUGACAAGAUGCACUGGACCCGGAAAUGAGAGUAUUAGACCUCAGCAAUCCUAUUCUCCCUCCUUUUUUCUUUCUUAUUCUUUCUUUCUCUCUCUCUUUCUUUUUUUCUUUUAUUUUAGUAGCCCAUGUGUGACUCAAAAACUUGAAAAUAUAUUUAAUAAAACAAAAGGUACACAAGAAAUAAAUAACAGAAAUAGACAUCAUGAGUGGAAAGAAAGUACCAUAAUGAUGAAUGGCUGUGGUGGGAAAAGGUUUUAUUUGUAUUUAUUUAUGGUCUGGUUGGGCACAUCAUAACUGUCUUUACUAGCAUGAGUGUCUGUUUUAAGAAUCUGUGCAGAAUCUCCUGUACAGGACAGAUACAAAGGCAAUGAUAGUGAUAUGAUGCAGGUUUGUGUCUAAAGAUGGAUGAUGCAGUAAGACUUUGAAUCACUUUUUGCUCCUCCCCCUCUCUCCCCACACUCCCACUCCCCUGAUUAGACUGAUAAUAGGGGAAGCAAGCAUCACCAUUUUAUAAAAAUUUCCCAAGUUUUGGAUGUUUGGGUAUGCUCUGAAGUGGAAGAAGAUUCCAUUAGCCUUAUAUUUCAUUGAAAUAAUCAGACACAUACUUCUGCCUUUUAUAUACUCAGUCUUGACCUGUAGUGCUUUGCUUAAUGCUUAUCGUUCAUGUUUGAAGGACAAAGAAUCAAGUACCCCAAUUCUUGGAUUUUAAGUUUGAGGGUUUGAUUUGAAAAAAAAAAAAAAAUGGUACUACUACUCCCCUAUAAAAUCAGUUGUAUCCCAUGCAGGACUGCUUUUACAGUCAUGCACAUUUCCCCUGACUUGUCUACAGUAAGUUAAGUUUUUGUUUGUUCCAAUACUGUUAUUAAGACAAAAAUAAAUACAAAUUUGUUUUCUAACAAGAUAACACAACCCAAUUUUAAAAAGAGUACCUAAAUCAUGUCUUUAUUUCUGUUUGUGAUUCAUUCCAGUUUUAUAAUAUAGCGACCAUAUAUUGGCUGAUGUUGGCAAACUGAAAAAAAAGGCAUUAAAAGACGAACUGUUGGUUGGUAAACUAUUAAUGUAAUGUAGGAGAAUAAUAUUUGUAUAUUAUUAGCAUUUUUAACACUUAACUUGAAGUUAAAAUAUACAGACAGUGUACUAUCCAAAAAGCUCUGAAAUCUGCAGAAAGUUGAAAUUGUGGCUUGUUCAACCUUUGGCUCUUGAGUUUUUUGUUUUGUAUGUCGAACCCCUAACAAAGUAGCACCUUUUUUUUUUUGUUUUUUACCAUCAGAAAACCAUGACAUCUUUUCUUUGAUUCAUCAAGCGUAAGAACAUUCCUUAUUAACAACGUUUAUAAAACAGCAAUAUUUGCUGCAUGGGACAUUUAUUACACUGUAAAAAAAGAAGAAAAAAAAGAAGAUGAAGUGGCUUUUAGCUCUCUAAGGUGAGCCUCCGAAAAUAGUUUUCUGUAGCCUGGUACCUUGUCAAGAUCAUACUUUUAGAAUUUAGAGACAUUUUCCAUGGUGAAAGCCUGAAAGGACACACUGUGCAGUGUGAGGGAGGAAAGCAUGCCAUGAUGCUGGUUGAGAUUAAUUCAGGAAUGGAGCCUAAAACAUAAUAAAGUUAAUCUAUCUGUCAGUAAUAUAAGAAAGCAUUCAUAAAUUAUAUAUUUUGUUUAAAUGUAAUUCUUUUUUUCUUAAAUUUAAAAUUGUAAAGCAGCAACUAACAAUGUACAGUUCCCUUUCGAGGAAACUUCGAACUGCGUACUCUAGGGGUCGCUUUGGGGAACACCUUGUCGUGACUGAAGAAUAAAUUGAAAAAACACCAACUUGUUGGCCGGCGCGACUAUAAAUAAGCACCGGGAGAGCACGUCAUUAUCUUCUUCAUAUUCACUGCAGGGUUCCCACCCUUCUUGAAAGAACUUGAAUUUCAGACAUAUGGAUUCAAGGCCUGGGAGUACUUGAAAACUAACAUAGGUCCUUGAAAGUGCUUGAACUAAAUUUGAAAUCAGUUGUGUUUAUG